UGAAUUGUAUGGUUUCAGUUUUGUUAGUCAGCAGUUUUGUGCGAUAUUUGUUCACUGUUACGGCGACUUUUGAUCAACAGUCAUCGUAAGCAAUGGAUAUUAACCCUUUAGCGGUUAUAUUGGUUGAAAAUGGUAGCAAAGGAGAUCGUCUACUAUUUCGCUUUCCGUAUGACACGCAAGUUGCACCUAGCUACUCAAAGCGAACACGCACAAAGCAGCUACAAAUUCCAUACAGUCAGGGUAGUGCCGAAGAUAUGCCUAAAACACAUAUAGCAUAUUCUAGUACAAUCAGUGGGAGUGUUCACAGCUUCCCCAGCAAAGUGUUAUCCAAUUUAUUUGCAGUGAAAUCUGAGCUUUGUGGGAAAAAAUUUGAAAUAAAAAUCAAUGACAUCCGUUUUGUUGGACACCCUCUUCUUGUUUACCAACAAGGUGAAGGAAAAUCUGCUGGUUCUAGCCAAGAAUCUGUUUUAUCUUUCAAUGUAGUUUUUGCUCUAAAGGCAUCUGCAAGUCAUGCAGUUGUUGACUGCUAUCAUGAAGUUAGCAAAAGGAUAGCAGCUGCUCUGUGGCAUGAAGAACGUAGAAUGGCAUACUUAAGUGAAGAAGCCAAAGUUAUGACUUCAACUCAGGAUGAUGUUUCUUCUGGACUACCUGAUGAUCCUUUAGAUGUCCCCUAUCAUUUGAUCUUGCAGAGAAGUCAACUCGCUCGUGAUUUGCGUCGCGUGUACGAAGACUUACAAAUCUCGGGGAAGAUACAUUUACGAAUCAAUCGCUGGAUUCUGAUCAGCUGCUGCCUACCGCAAAAAAUCUACCAUCUGCUGGAUCCUGGACUUGUUAUUGAACCAGCAGACAUCCAUUCCUGCAUGGAGGCAUUGAGACCUUACCACGCAAUUUUGUUGCUUGGCGACAAAGAAAAAAUCAUUAACAAUCUACCCCUGGAUUCUUCGCCUGCUUUAAAGCGACUUAUAAGCCUUGCGAAUCCGUUAAAAAGUUUACAAACUCUGGCAGCCGAUGCCGAUUUGACGCUGUCGCACGUCUUCCAGCUAGUGGGCCACAUGCUAUAUUUCGGACACGCAACCGUAAUAUAUCCUCUUUGCGACAGCAAUGUUUACGUCCUUGCAGGCAGCGCUAACACAUCUCCUCAGUCAAAACUGGCUGAUGUCUUUUCUGAAACGUUUAACAGUGCGUGUUUAAUUCAAAUCAUGUCUGAAUUCUCCGUUCCGGUGUCCUUGAGUCAGAGAAGGAACCCACUCGCCACUCCAGAACAAGAAUCUGAAGAGAUACAAAUUAUCAUAUGGAUGCUACAGCACCACUUGCUUAUACAACUGCACACCUACGUGCAAAUAGUUGUCGACGAUAUGCAUCCGAGAUUAUUUAACAGAGGCUCGUUUCGUAGUGCAAAAACGACACGAGUGACAUUUGCUAGUCGCCAGUCAACUCCAGAUGAACUGAUUGCAGGGUCCAGUCUUACACGAAUGCCCAGCGAUAGCGAUAUGGCUUCUGUGAUCAGUGACGAAGCAUUAUCCAGCCCACCGUCGCACAAAAGCAUUAGCAGCAAAGCGACGUGGUCAAAUAUCCAUUUGGCGUCGCUGAGUAAUGCGGAGAGGGAGGCUGUCCUUCAAGUUGACGCAGCUGCAAAUUCCGAUGAUAUGGAACUUUUUGCCAGAUUGUGUAAGUAUUUUCGCGGUAAACAUCAUCUAGAAGAAAUCAUGUACUUGGAAAAUGUUCGUAGGUCGAACCUUCUACAUCUUAUUGACAAGUUUCGGACAAUCCUCGUUACAUUCGAACAUGAAGAUUCAGCUUGUUCUGUUUUCUAUAAGAAUUCCACAACAUAAUGUUUCAUUCAUUAGGCGAAUGAAAUUGAUGAAUUU